CACAUCUGAUUCUGAACUCAACGUCUCCUGAAUUCGAUUAUCUGAAAAUGUCUGAAAUUUCGUUAAACGAAACGUUGCAACGUACUCCGCCACCACAACAGCCACUUCAACAAAAAAGUCUAUUUCUGAAAAUGGACGCAUCUACGGAAUUCGAAAUCUAUAGAGAACAUUACAGUCGUGUGAUGGCAUCCAUCAAUGCGACCAUGUGUCAAGAGCAGCCCGAUGGGAUUUUGUAUUGUCCAAAUCACACUGGUGGUCCCGUCUGGGUACGCAAUGUCUAUCCACCAAUACAGGAACUCCAGCCGAAAGUUCUCAUAGUAGUUGUGGUUUUUGUGCUUUGCUUCAUUGUCGGAGUAUGCGGAAACUCAUCUAUCAUUACCAUUAUUCGAGGAGUGGUUGAGGACAGGAGGAAAAGAAUGAAACGUCAUGGCGACAAUGCAAUUCUUUACAUUGGAGCUCUAUGCGUGUGCGACUUUGUCAUGUCACUCUCCUUACCACCUGCAAUUUUGGAUUCAGUAAUCGGUUUUUGGAUAUUCGGAACAACAAUGUGCAAAGUGCAUCACGUAUUCGGAAGUGUUGGGAGAAUAGCCUCAACGUUUUUGAUAACUGCAAUGUCAUUCGACAGAUACGUGGCUGUCUGCUAUCCACAUCAUCAUCGUCUACGUAGCCGUACUUUUGUCAUCUCAACGAUAGCCUGCCUCUCCUCAAUCGCCUUUGUCCUUCUCCUUCCGAUGCUGACUUACGCAAGUGCAAAGGAAAUGGUUCUUCAUGAAUUAAAAGCUCAUGAAUCAGCUAACAUUACAAGAGUAAGGGUUUUCAAGUGCUCUGAUAUGAUGCCUGGUCCUAUUUUCUACUGGUUUACUUCAACAACCUUCAUCCUUGGUUACGUAGUUCCACUAAUUCUUAUUGUCUACUUCAAUCUCAAACUAAUCAACAAACUGUAUGCCCAUAAGCGAGUACUUCCUCGUUCUGCAAUUCCAGUUCGUCGUGUUGUAGUCUACACAGUUCUGAUCGCAGCUGUAUAUUUUGUUUGUUGGACUCCGUACUGGUUCUCGGUUCUUUACGCAAUCAUCAUGUCUCUGCUUGGAAAACCAACCACAAAUUCCGAAUGGGUGCUAUUUGCCAUUUAUUGUGUUCAUUUAUUGCCAUAUUUUGGUUCAUCAAGCAAUUGGAUUUUAUAUGGAUUGUUGAACACUCAGCUACAGAUGAAAAACGACAUUGGAGAUGAUGGUCAAAGCAUUAUGACAACCAACGGAGUUCAAGAUCUUCCAAGACGUUCAACAUCCCGCCUAAUCUGUGAUGCUGGUGCUACGUCAUCUCGAUCAAUACCAACCAACAAUACUCCUCUAUGGCAAAAUGAUUCAACUCUGACACGUGGAAAUUCUGAUACAAGUAUGGUCUUCUAUCAGGAUACCGAACAAACACAUCUCUAAACAGAUCUCUCUGUGAAUUAAUGCGUUUUAAAAUAAAUCCCAUCGAUCUCUCAUAUCUUUGAUCUCAAUAUUUUAAUCUUAAAGUAUUGAGGUAUUUUGUACACCAAACUUCAAUUUAUUUGUACUUUUUUUUUUGGCAAGUUUAUGUGUCUGUGUUUGUUACGGUAAAUGAAUAAUUACACUCGAAAU